ACAUUGAAGAGGAAAAAGAGAAAAGAUAAACUAUGCAAGAAGUUCAGUUAAAAAGAACAGGCCUAGUGUUACACCAGACAGAGAGGCACUUAUUUUCUCAGUGGGAAAUGCUAUAAAAUAAUUGAGUUCGCAUGGUUCACAUCGUCCAUAUCUAGAGCGAAGUUUUUUUUCUGUCAAAUUUGAUCAUUUUGUGCAGAAAUGCGUUAAAUGUCUAAUUUUAUCAUAUCGGAGGUUAUCCUCAAAAAUGAAUUAAUGUAAAUAAUACAUACAACAUAAUAUAACUUUAUGUUUAUGUAUUCUUACAUUCCAAAUGAUAUGGAUGCAGAUAUAUUAAGAGCAAUAUUAAAAAGUUACACUGAUGCUGAACAUUUUUUUCAAUCUGAGGAUUACAAGAAUAUGUCAAAGAAAACUUUUCUUUGCAUACAAUCUGAUGCAGUAUUAAAUACUUUGUGUUUAUCAUUGAGCAAUCUUUUGUGUUAUAAAAUAUCCAAGGAAGCAUAUCAACGCUAUUCAGUUCGAUUGUUAAUAAUUUAUUAUAUGAUUGUGUUACAGGAUGUUUUACGGAAUUGGUGCAGAACAACGAACAAUUUUAAACAUUUAAAAAUAUUUACAUCUAAGGAAAAUAGCCUUAAGUUCAUGAAUAUUCUUUUAGAGAAGUAUCUUACAGAUGAUGUUUUGAAUGAGUGCUAUUCAGAAGAUACUUUGAUAUGUUUAACUGUUUCUGUAAUGCAUUUGUCAGUGAAGAAUACAAUUUUUAUGCAUCAUGUAGAUCGGUUGCUUUUAAGACUUUUACAACUUGAAACAAAUUAUAAAAUUGAAAAAUUAUUAUAUAACGCUCUUCAUUCAAAUUUACAUCUUAAACUAACUACGAAAGAAGGAAUAUAUGCUUUACAAAAGUUUAAAUUAAUAGAAGAACCUUUGCUCAAUAGUUUUAUGUGCAUGUUUCCUAAUUUGAAGAAAGAGGGUGAUGAGAAUAACCAAAAUAAUGAGGAGAUGCUAAAUAAAUUAUUAGAACUUAGUGCCAGGUCUGCAUAUGUUUUUCAAUUAAUGUUUAAUUUUUUAAAGGAAUUACUAGUUCAACUGCAAUAUGCAUCUGCAGUCUUAGAUUUCAUAGAUUUGAUGUUAAAGCGGAUAUCUAUUUAUUGUGAAAAUUAUGAUAAAGAUAUAUUAGAUCUUUAUCCCAGAAAAUUGCGUCCUUGUAUAAUUUUAUUAAGGAUAAAGCCCAAGUAUCAUUCAGUGCAGACACAAAAAUAUACAUUACAGACUAUGAAACAAAUCUACAAUGAAAAUAAAAAUGUUCCAUUAAUUUUAAUGUCCCAUUUUCUUGAGUGGCUUGAAUGUUUUGCAACUUAUGUCACUAAUGAUAUAAAAUAUUGACUAGAAAAGAAUAA